CUCACCCUGAGCCAAUCAUCGCAGGCGGCAGAGCAGGGCAGCCGAGAGUCUACAGCACCUAGGCACCUGCCCCAAAGACUUUCUUCGGAGAAGCCAGCCAGCCAGCCAGCAGCAGCCGCACCUGCCCGUCUCCUGCAGGCCCCAGAAGAGAGCCUUGCCCCGGCCAACCCAGCCAUGCCACCUCUCCCCUGGGCAGCCUCCGCCGUCGUCGUCCUGCUCUGUCUCACGGGGAUGGCGAUGCCAGGGCCCGGCCCGGAGGAUGCCAGCCUGGACCCGGCCCUGCUGGAGCUGCGGAUUCUCCUGGCGUCGGGCGAGGAAGGCGCUCUGCCCCAGGGCACCCUGGAGUCCCUGUUAAAUAUUGCGGUGGGUCGUGUGCAGUGCCCGGCAGUGCCGUGUGAAAAGUGUCUCUCUGCUGCAGAUGUUUUUGCACUCACAAAAAAGAAAACUCCCAGGGAUGCCAACCUCACAUCCUCGGAGCUGUUGCCAUUCUCCGCUGGCCUGGUCUACUACCUCACUGACCCCACGGCAGCUUGCAGGGCAGUGGCGGAGGGAGACUGGGUGGCCAAGGUCCACACUUUGCAGAGUGAAUUCUUAGCGGGGAAUCCUGCCGUUGGGCCUGAUCGAGAGAAGGUGGCCGAGCUGAUGGGGGCCGUUCAGAGAAACAUCCUGGGAAAUGAAAGGAGUGAGCCCUGUGCAGGAGUGGACCAGAUCCUGGAGAGCAGCGCACGGAUCUCCAGGCAAGUAGCCUCGGACCCAGCUGGGCGGGUGCUGGCAGCUGUUGCCUACCAUGCCCUGGCAGGGGGCUGCUUCCAUGCCCUCCCCCCCGAGCACUACUUUGUGGAGUAUAUCUUUGGGCGCUACGGCAACAAAACCAGCAACCUCACCUUGGCAGGCUUGACCAGGCUGAUGGAGCAGCUGCAAGUGGGUCCGGAGGUUUCCCAUGCAGGACACGACCACGAGGAAGCUGGGCACGAUGACCACAACGCGCUUGGCAGCCAGCACGACCACGCGCACGAGGGCACCACGCACAAUCACCCUCACGAUCAUGGUGACCACGAGGAUCACGAGGACCAUCACCACGCCAAUGACACGGACCAUCACCAUGGCGAUGAAAUGGGCCACCUUGGGAACCGAACGGAGAAGAACACGGCCCGGCGGAGGCGAAGUCUGCCUGGAAUGGGAGAGCAGGACGCGGACGUCUGGGAUACGGUCUGCCUCAGCCCCAGUGACCUGUUUGAGGUUUACGGGAUCGACGAAGGUGCAGGAAUCUCCGGCCCUGAUUUCAGCCGCGUGAGCCCAGCGCUGGUGCAGCAGCAGCUGAGCAAAGCCUGCUCUGCCCCCCGGAAUGCCCCUGCCGACGGGCGGCUCACCACCGCGCAGAAAUACAUCUACGGCUCGCUGGCGACCCUGCUGAUCUGUCUAUGUGCUCUGUUUGGCAUCGUGGUCCUCCUCUGCACUACCUGCAUCAGCGCCUACCAGUAUGUGAUCCAGCUCUUCGUCAGCCUGGCGGUGGGAUCCCUCACUGGGGACGCCAUGCUCCAUCUCAUCCCCACGUUCCUGGGUCUCCAUUCUCACUCCCACGGCGAGGGCCACUCCCACGACCCCCACGGAGCCGAGGGCCACAACGUCCUGUGGAAGCUACUGGCUGUGCUGGGGGGGCUCUACCUCUUCUUCCUCCUCGAAAAGUUCUUCAUCCUCCUGGGGCACUCGGACGAUGACGAGGAGCACAGCACAGGGCACCAGUGCGACCACGGCAUGUCCCUGCAGCUCUACCAGGACGAGAUGAAGAGGAGGAAGCGGGAGAAAGGUGCUUCUCACGCUGACCUGAUGACUGCUGAGGAGGCAGAUUUCAGCCAGAUGCGGAAGAAAGAGAACCUCAGUCGGGAGCUGAGGAUGUUGCCGUACAUGAUCACCAUCGGAGACGCCAUCCACAACUUCGCCGACGGACUGGCCGUCGGCGCCGCCUUCUCCUCGUCUUGGAAGACGGGUCUGGCCACCUCGCUGGCGGUCCUGUGCCACGAACUGCCCCACGAGCUCGGGGACUUUGCCGCGCUGCUCCACGCCGGGCUGACCGUCAAGUGGGCUCUGCUGCUCAACUUCCUCAGCGCCCUCACGGCCUUCCUGGGCCUCUACAUCGCGCUUUCUGUGUCCACGGGAGAAGAAUUCGAGGCCUGGAUUUUCACCGUGGCUACUGGCCUCUUCCUCUACGUGGCCCUGUGCGAUAUGCUCCCGGCCCUGAUGAAUGUGAAGGAUAAGCGCCCGUGGCUCCUCUUUGCCCUGCAAAACGUGGGACUCUUGGCUGGCUGGGGCAUCCUGCUGGUCCUUUCCAUCUUUGAGGACAGAAUUGCACUUUGAGCGCAGCCGGGCACCUCUCGCUUGCCUGCAGGCGUGGCGAGGUCUGGGCUGUCCUUUGCCAGAGACUAGAGAGUGGGCGGACAAAGGCCCGGCUGUCAUAAUCCUCAAAAUCAAAGACUGGGGAGUUUCUUUGCCUUUCAAGCAGAACAGGGAUGCGAGUAUUGGACCUGUAUCUUCUUGGCAGCAGACGGCAGAACUGUGAGACAGGUGUAAAAUACUCAAGCAAGUUUUAUUUACAACCUUACAAACACAAAGCAUGUGGGUGUUCUCUUUUGCAGGCAAAUUCAAACUGCAACUUCUCCUCCUUUUGUACUCAUCACCAGCUGUAUCUAACCAGCCCAGAACUCACACCCACAGAAACAGUUCUUAAAGUUACAAUCAUUUUUUCUGCUUCUUUGCAGAAUGACUCCUAACAGCGACCACACAGCCGCCCAUGCCCACAGCGCUGCCAUGCAACGGCUCCCCUCUCCCUCUUCUCCUAUUUAUUGCAUUUUCACACGCCACCCCAAUCUCCGAACGGUGCACGUUUCCAGGGGUUGCAGGCAUGCUUAACUCAGGAUCUGGGCUUCCUUUGGAAAUGGGGCACAGCGGAGACUGUGGCGUCUCUAUGAUAUAUGGUUUAUUUACAUGUCUACACAACCUGAGUCUAGAUGGGCAGAUAGCGGAAUUCCAGCUAGGCUUGGUUCCCAUCUACGAUGGCUGCUUGCCGUCUUUAUUUGAAACACAAUGCCCCCCGAGGCUGGGCAAGGGAAUGGUCAUUGGGCCAGUGAAGGGGCCCUUCUGAGUCUCUGGGGCCCUUCUGAGUCUCUGGGGCCCUUCUGAGUCUCUGGGCUGACCGCUGGUGUGAAUAAGGGACAAAUUCAGAAGCCAAAAGCUAGUCCUAGCUGGGUAAAUCAAGGGGAGGAAAGCUACUAGUUCAAGGGUGAGAGACCAGGGGUUCGUCUCGGGUGUGUCCUGUUAAAAGCAUCUUAGCUGGCGGGGCCACAAAAGGAAGAUGCUUCUCUGCUUGGGACCCUGGAAAGACUAGCAUGACUUAUAUUAAGACAGCCCUCUGGGCAGGACACACGCUGGCUGGGCCUGAUGGGAAUUGUAGUUCAGAACAGCUGGAGCAGCUCCAGUUUGGCUAAAUCAGGUGUAAUAAUUCUGCAGGGAUGGAAUUAGGGCUAUGCUUGUGGGGCACCCGCACUGGGCGCUGAGCCGAGGUGCUUGGCUUUGGGAAGGAUGCAUGAGGCUCUGACAGUGUCUUACACACCUUCUGCCUUCUUCCCAAAGCCUAGUUAGUGCUUUCCCAGCUUUGGAAAGGAGCUAGGAGGGCUCUGGGACUCUGCCAGAGCCCUGGCACCUCCUUCCCAAAGUCUGACGCCUCCUUAGCCACCUUUGGGAAGGCACUGAGAGGGCUGGGAUGUCAAAUGUUGACCUCACACAGGGUGUUGUCGGGGACUGUA